AUGCCCCCACAACUGUUACCGGCUUCGGCCGCCGCUUUUGCGCCGCGAGCUUCGUCCGUCAACGUUGUCCUCGGCUCCAAGGUCGAGCCUUGGCUAACACAAACUCUAAAGCGCAUCAACAGAGUCAAGAGACCGCUAAACAGCAUACCGCAACACCAAAGAUGUCUGACCGAGACGCUAUCUUCGCCAAACGCCAUCUGGACUUUGGCGUCGUUGAUGUUACCCAAGGCACCCGAGUCCGACCUGCGCAAAGAUUCUAAUCCGCUAAUAGAGGCUCUGUUCAACUACCAGCUAAUACACAUCGAGGCUUAUAUUGUUCAUGUCGAUAUGGUAUUGCGGAAUGAGGUUGCUUAUAAGUUGACGCCCGACUCGAUAGAAUCUCUUAUCGAAUAUCACAAGGAUAUCUACUGCGUCAAUGCUAAGGCCGACACUUACGACUGGCCCGAGAAGGAGCAGCACGCCAAGAAAUUGCACGAAGACUUCGUCCAGGCUAUUAACAAGUUCGUUUAUAGAACUCACGUUUCCGCCCUCGAGGGUUUAGAAGAGGAGGGUGCUGGAGAGUUAUUAUGUGGGAAGAGUGAGGAAGUUAAGAAUAACGUCAUGGGAUUGAUAAAUAAACCGCUACUACCGCCACCACCGAAGAUCGUCGAUGUCGUCCGCCAACCGCCAUUAUUACCCAGUUCACCAGUGGGUGCGAAUAUGUGGUCGCAAUCUAUGCAUUCGCCUGCAAUGCCUGCUCCGGUUGAGCCAUGGAGGGUUCUACCCUCCAGCCCCAACUCUACCUCGGUAGAAUCGACUGCGCCGAUAUGGGCCAACAUGGGGUUACAUGACAUUCAAGUGACUUCGCCAGGCAUACCGUACAGCCAACCGUACUCCACGGCCGGAAUGUUUUACAGCUCGCCGAUGGUGACGGCUCCGAUUCCGGCGCUGCCGCUUCCCAGCAUGUUGGCGUCGCAGUGCGGUGUAGGUGUGGGAUAUGGCGGUUUCGGUUGGGAUCGAUAUCAGGAGUAUACGACGACCAUAUGA